GAUCUGUUUACUUGUAGUUCGCGCAAGGAAAUUACCAGAAAAAUUCGAAUUUAGCGCUACAAGUAAAAUGACAUUUGAAGUAUGAUAUAUGACGUUUUCCGGUUUCUCCUUCUUAAAAUUGACAGUUAAUAAGAAUAACUAAAAAUGGUUAACGUACCAAAACAACGGCGUACGUUUUGUAAAAAAUGUAAAGUUCACAAGCCCCAUAAGGUAACGCAAUAUAAGAAAUCGAAAGAACGUCAUGCUUCCCAAGGUAGACGGCGUUACGACAGGAAACAACAAGGAUUUGGUGGUCAAACUAAACCUAUUUUCCGUAAAAAGGCGAAAACAACCAAAAAGAUUGUAUUGAGAAUGGAAUGUACAGACUGUAAAUUCAGGAAACAAAUUCCACUUAAGAGAUGCAAACACUUUGAACUUGGAGGUGACAAGAAACGUAAAGGACAAAUGAUUCAGUUUUAGUUUAAUAUGUAUCUUGUUUUAAGUUAUCCAUUCAAAAUACAGAAAGUUUGUAUCUAA